AUGUUUGCCCGGAAUUUUGUUCAAUCUUUGUCUAGAACAGUGCCUUACACCAGAGGAUUAGCUCAGACUGUAAGUUGUAACACUUAUUAUUUAGAAUUAUAUUUUUAACUUUAAAGUUAUUUUUUGACGUCAAAAAUACAUAAUAGAAAGUUGAUUGUGCUUUUAGGCUAAUGGAGUGCCAGAGCUGGCCGAAAAGCUGAAGUGCACUUUGAUUCCAGGCGAUGGCGUGGGUCCUGAACUUGUCUAUGCAGUUCAAGAUGUGAUCAAGAACACUGGAAUUCCAUUAGAAUUUGAUGAAGUCUUUCUGAGUGAAGUUCAUUACACUCGUUCUUCGUCUAUCGACGAUGUGAUCAAGUCUAUCUCGUUGAACAAUCACGUCGCAUUGAAAGGAGUAAUUCAAGAAAGUGUCCGCAAUGAUUAUGAUGAACAUGGAGGUAUCAACACUCAAUUGAGACGUCGAUUGGAUUUGUUUGCCAACGUUGUGCAUAUCAAGGUAUGUUUGAUGUAUUCCAGAGAUGGAAACAUUAUUUUUUACUUAUUUAGUUAUGUUUUUAGAGUUUGGAAGGAAUCAAGACCAGACACGAGAAGAACUUGGACUUUGUUAUUGUCAGAGAACAAACUGAAGGAGAAUACUCGAGUUUGGAGCACGAAAGUGUUCCUGGAGUUAUUGAAUGUUUGAAGAUUAUGACCCGGGCCAAGUGCGAGAGAAUUGCCAAGUUUGCCUUUGAUUAUGCGACAAAGAACAACAGAAAGAAGGUAACCGCUGUCCACAAGGCCAAUAUCAUGAAGCUGGGAGAUGGUUUGUUCUUGAACGUUUGCAAAGAUGUAAGUUUUUGAAGUGCAGCAUUGUUUUUAAGGACUAGAUGUGUAAAAAGGGUUGUUUUAAGAAUUUUGCUGUUUAUUUUAGUGUUAUGUUGUUAAAACAUAUUUUUUUUUUUCAUUAAAUUAGGUAAUAAAAAAUCUAAAUAUAAUAUUUCAGAUGUCAAAGUUAUACCCAAAGAUUGAGUUUGAGAACAUGAUUAUUGACAACUGCUGCAUGCAACUUGUCGCUAAGCCAGAACAAUUUGAUGUAAUGGUUAUGCCCAACGUAAGUAUUACCUUACUAUACUUAAUGUUUUGGAAGGUUUACACAAUUAGUGGUUAUGCUUUUAGUUGUACGGUAACAUCAUUGACAACCUGGCUGCUGGAUUAGUUGGAGGUGCUGGUGUUGUACCUGGUCAAUCGAUUGGAUCCGAUUAUGUUAUCUUUGAGCCUGGAUCGCGUCACUCUUUCAAGGGAGCUUCUGGACGGUAAGUCAAUAUUUGUUGUGUUUUUUGUAAUUUAGGUAUUACAUGGAGUUGGUUAAAGAGUAAAAUGUGUUUAAGAAGUCUUAAAAAUUUUUUCUACUUAAAAAUCUAAAUUUUUCAAUGUCUGUUACCUAAAAUAAUGUUUUUAGUCAAAUCGCUAACCCCACAGCCAUGAUCUUGUGCUGCGCCAACUUACUGAGACAUUUACAUUUGGACGAGUAUGGUAGAGCAUUGACACUGGCCGUAGAGAAGACUAUCAGAGACGCCAAAGUGAAAACGAGGGAUCUGGGAGGCUACGCGACUACUAAAGACUUCACCUAUGCCGUUAUUGAUAACUUCAAGUUGUAA